UUAGUAUUGAAAAUAUCUGGAAAAUACCUUAUUAAAGUUAACAAAUGAAUAACGUUUUUCGUAUCAAACAGCUACGAAUAAAAAUAAUUCGCUGCCGCAUUUUGUUCUGUCUGCAUGUUGGUGACAUUGUUGAAGCUCGGAAGACUGUCAUCUCUUCACCCGACCAUGAGUGCAGCGAUCAAUAAGCCGGUCGAGACGGAAAUACGGAGGUUGUUGACCGACACGUUGAAGCCAUCUCACCUGGACGUCAUCAAUGAAUCUCACAAGCACAACGUCCCGAAAGAAGCUGAGAUGCACUUCAAAGUGGUCGUAGUGUCAGAUCAGUUUGAAGGAAAGAAGCUCAUCGAGAGGCAUCGUAUGGUGAACACUGCUUUGCACCAGCUCUUAGAGGAGAAAAUACAUGCCCUGUCAAUAGAGGCGAAAACGCCAGCACAGUGGCAGGAGAGUUCGGCCGUUCAACCCACGCCGCCGUGCGAGGGCGGCUUCGGCAAGUGAGCGCGCGGACGUCACUGGAAGACACAGCAGACUCAUCUUAGAACUGGCGUAAACGAUGAGGGUUCUCAAGUCGAACUGCACGGCGGUUCUCGCCAGCCACACGAGUGAAACUAAUAAAUACCGGGUUGUGCACUGCAAAUGUUAUUGCACUAGUUGUUUCUUUACAAUAUGUAUUUCAAUUGUCUUGAUGCAGCAGCUACAUUAAAGUAAAGCUGUACCAAUUCACACAAUUUUGCAGAUGUGCUGAUACAACUGUUGCCUAUUCGCAGAUACAGGAGAUAACACAUUUUGUUUAAAAUAUUUUUAUAAAUUCACUUAAUUACCCAUUCUAAGAAAAGCAUACAAUGCAAAUGUAUUUCAGUUUGUAAAUGGAACAUAAACUCUCUCUUUUUUUUUUUUUUGCUCGUUUUCAUUUGUUUGAUGACAACCUGAUAGUCACUCAUUGAAACAUGAAUUUAUAAAUGGAGGCUGGAAAAUUUAAUUAUUUAAUAUGUAAUGAUAUAAAGCAAGGUUAUUUGGUAACUAUGAAAUAGAUUGAUUCACAAAAUAUGAAGUUUAGUAAAAUGAAUUUAAAAUGUGCCAAAUUGUGAUAAUUUUAUGAAUGGGAAUCUCAACGGGUGUGUGGUGGCAAAAAGUUACUGUACCAAACAUUUAUAAGGAAAUGAAUUUCAUGCGGUCGCUUUGUACGGGAAACAGUAAAAGUAAUUUAUGUUAUGUCCUA